AAUUAUCUCUUCUUUAUAACCAGUGCAAUUGAUUUCAUUGACAACCGAAUAAGUGAUAUUCAAGAAACGAUUCAUAACAAAUCAUAGCACUAUGUCAGAUCAACGUCAAAAAGUGGCCUUAAUUACGGGUGCUUCAUCAGGAAUUGGAUAUGCAGCUUCAAUAGAAUUUGCCAAGAGGGGAUAUAAAGUAUUUGCUGCUGCUAGAAGAUUAGAACCAAUGGAACCAUUGAAGGAAUAUGGGGUAAUUCCAUUCAAAUUAGAUGUGUCUGAUUUAGAUAGUGUGAAAAAUGCCAAAAAAUUCAUAAUUGAUCAAACUGGUGACAAAUAUUUGGAUAUUCUUUAUAAUAAUGCUGGUCAAUCAUGUACAUUUGCAGCUUUGGAUGUAUCAGAUGAAUACUUUAAACAAUGUUUUGAAGUCAAUGUAUAUGGUCCAAUGAGAUUGGUUAGAGAAUUAGGUCCAUUGGUUAUAAAUGCCAAGGGGGCUAUUGGAUUUACUGGUUCUGUAAGUGGUAUUGUUCCAUUCCCAUUAAGUUGUACUUAUUCUGCUACCAAGGCUGCCAUUCAUCAAUAUGCUGCUACUUUAAGAAUUGAAAUGUUAGGAUUUGAUGUUAAAGUGCUUAAUUUUAUUACUGGUGGUGUUAAAACUGAUAUUGAAGAUAAAAGAUCUUUACCAUCAACUUCCAUCUAUAAUAUUCCUGAAAUGGAAUAUACUCUUAGAGAAAGACAACAAAUGGCAGCUAGAAAUAAUCCAAUGCCCGCUGCAGAAUAUGCUAGAAGAGUAGUAAAUGAUUUUGAAGGUGCUAGAUUAGGUGGUACAUUGAAUUAUUACCGUGGUAAAAUGGCUACAUUCUUAGGUACCGUCUUAUGGUGGUGUCCAAGAUUCUUCCUAGAAUAUAUUUUAUUAAGAAAAUUCAAAAUGGAUGUUGUAUUUGCAGCUUUAAAAGUCAAAUAUGCCAAACAAAAAUUGGAUUAAAUGAGAUAUUGUCUAUAGAUAUAUAUAUAUAUAUAUGUUUACUUACUUUUUAUGCGUAGUUAGUUUUAUAAUGUUCAAUCACAACUGAUUUCAUUAAUGC